AUGGCCCUCCUAUUCGUAUUCCUGUUUCCUCUGCUCCUACCCAUCUCAUCUAGCGCAAAUGGCGCCGGAACGUCCGGUCUGUCAAGCAGGCGCGGGCUGCAGCAGGUGGGGCAGCCGACCUGCCCCGCGCAGUGCCAGGUGGGCCCCCGAGGGCCGCUCGAUGGCUGCGACUUCGUCUUUGAAGGCUCCACCGACACAAUUCCCACCUUUGACAUCAUGCCGCCCAACGCCACUGCGGGAGACUUCGCAAUCAGCCCGCCAGUGGUGGUGAAGGAGGGCAGCGGGGUGACCAUCUCCAGCACCGGCAUCGCCACUUUCUUCUGCACCACGGCGCUCACAGGCCCGUGCGACGCUGGUAACCAGUUCUACAUCACCUCCGAGGGCAACAGCUCCCGGGUCUUCGUGCGCUCCUUCAGCCAGCAAGCAGUGGCAUUCUUUCAGAACAGGUGGGUGCGGCUGCCCAUCCUGACAGCCCAGAUCCCACAGGGCGGCACGAGGACGCGGACGUUGAUGACUCGGAUUCAUACGCACGGUCCAUUCGGCAUAGUCACACCCACGACGGGGCUUCUGAUCAUGACCAGAAUCAUAUCCAUGAUCAACAUCAUCAGCAUGGGCAUGGCACACAAUCACAUUCACAUAAGCAUGACCAUCACACACAUUCUCAUGACCAUGACCAUGACCAUGACCAUGACCAUGACCAUCAUCAUGACCAUGACCAUGACCAUGACCAUGACCAUGACCAUGACCAUGACCAUGACCAUGACCAUGACCAUGACCAUGACCAUGACCAUCAUCAUGACCAUGACCAUGACCAUGACCAUGACCAUGACCAUGACCAUGACCAUGACCAUGACCAUGACCAUGACCAUGACCAUGACCAUGACCAUGACCAUGACCAUGACCAUGACCAUGACCAUGACCAUGACCAUGACCAUGACCAUGACCACGCCCUUGCCCAUACCCAUAACCAUGUCCCACAUUCACAUUCCCAUACCCAUUCACAUGACCAUGACUAUCACACACAUUCACGAGCCCACAGUCACACCCACAGCCACAGUCACACCCACAGCCACCCCUCCAACUCCUCCUCCCCAUCCUCCAUCCCUCCCACCUCCUCCAACACCCACCCCUCACCAGCGCACCCAUCCUUACCGCACUCCCACACAUCCUCACCACAUCAGCCGCUCUUCCUCCCAUCCACGGGCGGCAGGGGACAUGCUAGUCGCAGCACUGCUGGAUCUGGGCGUGCCAACAACAGUGGUGGAGGGGGCAGUGGAGGCGAUGAGGCUGAAGCAUGUCACAUGCAGGGUGGAGGCCACCCAACGAUCCGCCAUUACUGCUCCACUCUUCUCUGUGGAUGACGGGGCGAACCAGCCCUACAGGGACUACGCGACCAUCCGCCAUCUGCUGGCCAAUAGCAGCCUGCCACGUGGCGCCAGGGCCAUUGCCAGCCGAGCGUUCCGGCUGCUAGCGGAGGCGGAGGCGUGUGUGCAUGGCAUGGCUGUGGAUGACGUUCACUUCCAUGAGGUAGGGGCAGUGGACAGCAUAGUAGAUAUGGUGGCGGCAGCAGCAGCAAUUGACUUCCUAGCACCAUCGCACGUUGCAGCCUCGCCCCUCCCCAUGGCACGAGGCAUCAUCACUGGUGCUGCUCACGGCCCCCUGCCCUCCCCCGCCCCUGCGACUUUGGAGAUUCUAUGCCGGGCCAAUAUCCCAACGUUCUCUGCAGGGUGUAAGGGAGAACUUGUCACCCCCACAGGUGCGGCUCUCCUUGGCGCCAUCGCCCGCAUCUGGACCCCCUGGCCUGACUGCCGCCCCUGCCGAGCCUCAUACGGAGCUGGCACCAAGGUUCGGCAAGACCGACCCAACCUGCUGCGGCUGGUGCUGGCAAACCCAAUGUAA